GGGCCGCCCAGAUCGUGCCGCCAGAAGUAGUCCGUCCGUCGCCGAAUUCAGCGAGGAACGAAGAGAACGAAGACAAAAUUAUCUAUCGAGCAGGCCUCCCUCUCCCUCUUAUCGAAUAGUGGGGAAAGGAACGACGAGUAGUAGUGCGAAAAGAGAAAAGAAAAUCAAAAAUACAACAACAACAGAACGAGGAAGAAUAUAUUUAACCUGAAUUUUCUCUCGAGUCUCUUGAAUUAAUCAAACGAAAAGAAGUACCAGCAAACUUUUCAAUUCAACAUGCCGAAACCAAAGCCACAGGAGGGAGAAGAUCCCGAUCCAACUCCCUAUCUCUUUGUUUCUCUCGAACAAAAGAGAAUCGAUCAAACCAAACCUUACGAUGCUAAAAAGGCUUGCUGGGUACCAGACGAUAAAGAAGGUUAUCUUCUUGGUGAAAUCAAAGCUACCAAGGGGGAUAUUGUUUCCGUUUCAUUACCAGGCGGCGAGACCAGGGACUUCAAGAAGGAUCAACUUCAACAAGUGAACCCGCCGAAAUACGAAAAAGCCGAGGACAUGUCUAAUCUGACCUACCUCAAUGAUGCUUCAGUACUGCACAACUUGAAGCAACGUUACUACGCCCAACUUAUCUACACAUAUUCUGGACUUUUCUGCGUUGCCAUUAAUCCUUACAAAAGAUUCCCCGUUUAUACCCAAAGAUGCGCGAAAUUGUAUCGCGGUAAAAGACGUAAUGAAGUACCACCCCAUAUCUUUGCCAUUUCUGACGGUGCUUAUGUCAACAUGUUAACCAACAGUGAAAAUCAGUCUAUGUUGAUUACCGGUGAAUCUGGUGCUGGUAAGACUGAAAACACGAAAAAAGUCAUUGCUUAUUUUGCUACCGUCGGUGCAUCGACAAAGAAAACUGAAGAUACAACUCAGAAGAAGGGUUCUCUUGAGGAUCAAGUCGUACAAACUAAUCCCGUAUUGGAAGCCUUUGGUAACGCUAAGACCGUCCGUAACGAUAACUCCUCGCGUUUCAUCUAUUGGAAAAGGCUCGUGUCAUCUCUCAACAAAGUUUGGAACGUUCCUAUCACAUCUUCUAUCAAAUGAUGUCCGGAUCUGUUAAAGGGUUAAAGGAAAAAUGUCUGUUAUCCAACGACAUACAUGAUUAUCACAACGUCGCACAAGGAAAAGUUACGAUCCCCAACGUUGAUGACGGAGAGGAAUGUCAGCUUACCGACGAAGGUGACAGGGUCGCUAAACUUCUUGGUUGCGACUGUGCCGACCUUUACAAGAACUUGUUGAAACCAAGGAUCAAGGUCGGUAACGAGUUUGUAACCCAAGGUCGUAACAAAGAUCAAGUAGCCUACUCCGUAGGCGCUAUGUCGAAAGCUAUGUUCGACAGAUUGUUCAAAUGGUUGGUUAAAAAAUGUAACGAGACCCUGGAUACUCAGCAAAAGAGACAACACUUUAUUGGUGUACUAGAUAUUGCUGGUUUUGAGAUUUUCGACUACAACGGUUUCGAACAACUCUGCAUCAACUUUACCAACGAGAAAUUGCAACAAUUCUUCAAUCAUCACAUGUUCGUACUAGAACAAGAGGAAUACAAGAAGGAAGGCAUCGAGUGGGCUUUUAUUGAUUUUGGAAUGGACUUGCUAGCUUGUAUCGAGCUUAUUGAAAAGGUAUUCAAUCAAAUCAAAUAAUUAAUAAGUCAAACAAAUGGGAAACAAAAAACU